GAGUGAAUUUUCAUAGCGAGGAUGAAUGGCUUAGCAGAACGAUUCCUAUUCUGAUCAAUAACCAAGGCAGAUUGCAGAUAUUAAUGGCGGAACUGUUUGUUGGCACCUCCAGUGCACAAGGAGGUUAUGCAAAUGUUGAUCGACCAAGGCAUGGUUAGUGCGAGGCUGUUGCUAAAGAUGAGGAUAAGGGAUACAGUUCAAAAGUGGUACCAAGAUGAGGGUUAUGCCUGUAUCCAGGUUGUUAAUUUUGGGAAUCUCAUACACCAAGGAGGUUGUCUGUGAGGUGGUGGAAGGGGAUAUUAGCUAGUUAUUCAGUUUCAGGACGAACUUGGUAAUGUUGUUCAGGGGAAGACACAUAUCACUGUUGUCAAGAGAGAGUUUCCUAAGCAGGUAAGCCCGGGGAGCCCUAGAUUGCUUCGUUUAUGCUGUCUGCUCUUAUUUGGUUCAUCUCUUGUUGUGUGGUCAAGGUGAGGGACCAAUGAAAUCCAGCCACCUACUUGAAAUGUCAUCUUGUUUGGUCAUUCUGGAUAGUAGUCUAUGUAUCAUCUCUUUAGUCAUUCUGGGAAUUGCCUUGAAUUGUGAAGUAACAAAGUUAGGGAUGUGGUUCUGGUUUAGCUAGGGCAUUGCCAUGAAUCUUGAACUAGCAGACUGCUAAAUACCUAGUUAGCUGUAGAUGUCGUUCUGGUUUUAUUGAGGUGAUCCCAUCUCCAACAAAUUUCAUAUAAUUUCUACUGUGAUUAAGUGCCAGUCACUUUCGAUUUUAUUUUUCCUGCUAGGCAUGAUCUAGUAACUUCAAUCAUAAUCCCAGUAAGGUUAAUUGUUGUGUGGCUGUCAAUGUUUCAGUUUGACCGGGUCAAGUGUUCAACAUCGAAGCUGGAAUACAAGCUCUGAAUGAUAUAAGUGCUUUGGGUUUUCUGCAAACAUUGAAAUUAAUCCAAGGCAUUGUGAGAAGAAUGAAUGGUGAAUCAUUGUUGAAAUAAAUUUUAAAGAAUUGGAGCCAUAAUCAGCUGAACCUAGUAUGGAGUGGAGCAUUGUUCUUGGGCGUGGUGGACUGCCCACAUUGGUGCGUCUGCCUUACUCUUUUAAUUUCAUUACAAACCUGCAGCUUGAGCUUCCAUUUUAACUUAUACUAACUGAAUUCAUUCUUCAGGCUUCAAUCCAGCCCGGUGGAACUUUUUAUUUCGAACACAGGAAUAUCAAAGGGCUGAACCAGUCACUUGUGGGCUCAAGCACAACAAGCAAUUUCUUUUUGUCUUAGGUAAUGUUACUGGCUUUGUUUUUUGAUAUCACAAAAUAACAAGGCAAAAUUUUCACGUUUGUGCCAAUAAUAGCCACAUUUGGCGAAAUACCACUUAUAGCCACUUUUUGAAAAUGUUGUUGGACAAAUAUAGCCUUUUCCGUUAGAAACAUUGACGGUGUUAGUAACACCGUCAAAUUAGUAGACGGUUUGCUGAUUAGGCGAGAAGAAAUCGAACACGUCAGCGCCAACUAAGCAAUUAUGGACACGUCAUAUAUUACAUUAUUAAAAAAAAAUUGUACCAUAUAUUCCCAUUUGCGUCAAAGCGAAUCCUUCAGCCCCCAACUUUGGCCCGAUUUAAAAAUUAGGGUUUGUCCCUAGUUUUCCUCUCCUCUCACGAAUCCUCUUCCGAUUUGGGAAUUAGGGUUCUUCCCCAAACUUCCACUUUCCAUUCUCCACGAAUCCUCUACUCCCUUCUGAUCGAUUCCGAUUUCGGAAUUAGGGUUCUUCCCCCAAAUCCCACACUCUGCCGACUCGCAACGACGCAACCCUCUCCUUCCACGAUUUCUCCUGCCCAGCACUUCAAGCGAGCAGCUUCCUCAUGUCCAGUCGCGACUGACGAGGGAGAAGUUUGUAUGUGUUUCCUCAUGGCCAAAGCUCGGCGUCUGUUAGUCAACCCAUCCUCUGUAUGUGUUUCUCGAGGAAGGAGGCGGUAGGUUCAACUCGAUCGAUGGAGGAAAAUCGAGACUGGAGGAGGGGUGUAUAUUGAUGGUGGAGGAAGGAAUAGCGGUGGUCCGGGGUUCGUCGGAGGACGCUCCUCUCCUUCGUCGCCUUCGUGGUCGCCGCCUUCGUCGAUGGGAUUCAGAGGGGUUAGAUGAAGAGGAUAAGGAAAGAGGAAAGAGAGAACAUAAAGGUGGGUGGGUAAAAAUUAGUGGUUUCUGAUUUUGUAAUUUUUUUUAAUUAUUGUCCACAUGGAAAUUUGUGGCGGUCCACGUAAGCUGCGCCGUUUGCCCAGUCACACUUAACGUUAACAGCGUUAAAGAAUUGGACGGACGUGGCUAUAAGUGGUAUUUCGCCAAAUGUGACUAUAAUUGGCACAAACGUGAAAGUUUUGGCUAUGGAACUGUAUUUUGCCAAAUAACAAUGAUGAUGAUUGUUAUCUCAAGUGGGAAGUUAAUUGGUUGAAUAUCUCUUAUCUAUGACGAACAAGGAAUUGGUCUAGUGGUAAUACCACUAGCCAUGAACCUGGAGGUCCCAAUUCGAGUCUCUUUAGUAGUAUCUAAUAACGAAAAAGUAAUCUACAUCAUCUUAUCUAAAAAUGAGAAUAACUCUUAUCUAUGAAUUUAUUUACUUUUUGUGGAACCCAAUUAUUUAUAUGUUUGUGGUUUCUGAUUGUGUGGUUUUGUUUAUAUGAUCUUAAUAACUCUUAUCUAUGAAUUUAUUUACUUUUUGUCGAACCCAAUUAUUUAUAUGUUUGUGGUUUUGUUUAUAUGUUGUUGCUCUAGAGAAAUUUGAUGUACGUAGUUUAUGUGAAGUGUCGAUUUGAUUACCGGUUUGAUCUAGUUUUAUAUUUGAUUAACUGAUAUUGUAUGUUAGAUUUAUCAUUAGAGCUAGGGAUGGCAACUUUGCCCAUACCCAUGGGUUUCUUACUAUCCAACCCAAUUGGGUUGGGUAUGAAAUCCAAAUAGAUGGAUAUGAGUAGAGCUUGAUGGGUUUGUACCCAUACCCAUUUACUUUGGGUUGAGUUGGGUUUAUAUCAAAUGGAUUUGGGUUUGUACCCAUGCCCAAAUACAAAUUACAGUUUGGUACCCAAACUUAAUAGACAUGUAUAUUUAGUACCCAAAUUUAAUUUUUUUUGCAUAUAAGUCCUCAAAAUAUCGAUGGAAAAUUACGUUUUGGCACCUAAAUUUUUUUGGUCUUACAUUUUGGUACCUAAACUUUUCAAGUUUUGCAAAUAGGUCCAAUUUUUGCAUGUGUAGUUAAAACACCCUCAAGUAAAUGGAUAUCCAUAUCCAACCCAUACCCAUUUAGAUUAUGGAAGCCCCAAACCCAAACCCAUCUAUAAACCCCCAAAUCCAUAUGCACUUCACCCAUACCCAACCCAUUAUCAAUGGGUCUACUUGGGUUUGGGUAUAAUUACCCAUGGGUGGGUAAUUUGCCAUCCCUAAUUAGAGCAAAUGAAAAGAAGCUUGACUUGUGGCUCUAUAUAGGCGUAACAAUAAAACUAUAAGAAUCCUUUUACAAUUUUAUUAAAUUAAAUAUUUGUUCUAAACUUAAUUUAUGACCAUUCCUUAACUUAUUCCAAAACAAAUGGAGUGAAUGAAUUGUUUUGGUGGAGUCAAAGGCAGAGGCAUGUAUGAUAAAAAAAAAAAGGAAAAACAGUAAGGUUGGCCAAGUCAAUAUGGCUAUAUCAGGCAACCCAAAGUUUCAAUGGCAAACAAAGCAAACUAUCACGUUCUAUCAUCAUCUUUUAUUUCUUUCUACUAUUUUCUAGCUAGCUCAACCAUGUGGUCGGUCCUCUAGUUUCUCUCUUGUCCUUCCAUGAGCCUCGGAGACAAAUUGCUUAAGCAUUGCUGCAUUUCUCUUAAAAUUUCUCACCUUGUUAGAGGGAGGGGAAGAGAGAGAUUCUUGGCCGGAUAGGACAAUUAAGAGGGGCUGAAACCAAUUUGCAAACACAUUACUUUGACAUGGCUCACCCGUUAAGAAGUGGAUCCAUGGCUCAACAUGAGGCCAUUGCUGCCAGACGUGGAAACUCUCCCAAAACUCCACCCAGCCCCAAUAUCGAGCAACUUGUACGAGGAGGAGAAGCGAUGAGAUGGUCGGCACAUACAUCACCGUUGGUAAAGGAGCAGCCUGAAUUGGAAAUAGAACACACACCACAGCAGAAGAAGUCGGUUCUUGCCAAGGUGAAGGAGAAGGCCAAGAAAUGGGGCCGCUCUCUGAGCAAGAAGAAGCACAAUGGGGAUGCGAACAACAAUAACAACAACAACGCUACUCCUUCUUGGGGUGUCAGCUUGGAUGACGAAGAUGAGGACGAUCCUGAAAAUCUUGGAGCCCCGAUGUACGAGUCAGAGAUGGCACCCGAUGGAUACAGCAAGGUUACGGCAGCCAGGCAGCAUCAACCUCCUCCGGCUAGAUCAUCUGCUCCUUUAGUAUUGGAGAAGCAUGUUUCCGUAAAUGCCAACAGCAGCAGCAAUAUUGACAAUCAUCGUAACAAGUCCCCGACGAGUAAAAUGCUCAUCCGAGAAAGCGUGGCUGCAGGAAAGCAGCCACAGGUAUCUCCCAGUCCCAGGACACUAGCAGAGACUCUCCAGGAGAAGGCUGCUCCACCACCUCCUGAUACUGCCAGUCAAGUCAUUGCUUCCAAGGACCAAAACCUCAGCAUUUCAACCUCAUCACAACCACAACAAUCUUCAAGUGGAACCAAAACUGAAGCAGCUUCAGCAUCGUCUUCUUCAGAUGCAACAAGGACAUCUAAAUCAGCAGCUCCAUCCUCUGCGCCGGCAGCAGUUGCUGCAUCAGUCACGUGGAAACACCCACCAGCGUCAGUACCGACGACUAUGGCAUCGAAACAGGCUGCACCACCAGGGCCAUUGAAAAUAGAAAAGGAAGCACCAGCACCCGUGGCUACAAAGACAGCAGAUGCGGAUGAAAAAGAAACUUACUUAGAGCCCAAGGCUCACUCUGCUCCAGCCCCAGGGAAGGGCAUUGCUCUGGACACAGGUAGAACUAACAACGACCAAAUAUGGGAUAAAGGAGUUUCGGUGAAGGAGUAUUUAAUGAACAAACUCGAGCCAGGAGAAGACGCCAAGGCUCUGUCUCAAGUGAUAUCACAGGCCAUGAGCCCAAGAAAAGCUCCCGGAGAUGCAGGGGUGGUGGAGAAAGUCAAAGAGGUUGUAUCUUCUCUUUGGCAACAAGAAGAUUCUUCUUCUUCAAAAUCUGCUUCUUCCCAGUUCACUUCACAGUCUGCCGCGUCUUCUCGUCCCACUCGUCAUAACCCGCCCUCAUCACCACACAUUCCCAUCUCAACCAACUCCACUGAAGUUGAGGAAGAAACUCAGGGAAGAAUACUCCAAGCCAACUGAAACAAGCAGAUGACAUCCUCAUGCGCCAAAAAUAAAAAGAGGGAUUAUUUAGUAACCGUGCAGCUGAAUGUACCAGAUCCUGUGUGUAGUGAUCAACACAGACAAAGUUUACCAUGACGUUUGUUUAGGUCUUGUAUUUUAUCAAGCAACAUACUUACUUGCUCGUAAUCAAAUCAACUAAAUAAUGGAUCUGUCGAUAAAGAAAAGCCUGUUGAAUGGAUAACAUGUAACAGAGGUUAGUUGUCAACCUUGGGAAGUUAGAUUAAAGUAAACUAUAAUCACUAUUAGUUUCUAAUCUUCCCUGAGUAGAUCUCGCAAUAUCAUUUUUGAGGAGGAAUUUCGCUUCAUAAGUCUAGGCCCUUGUUUAGUUGUUUCUUUCUCUUGAAUUUCUUUACCACCUAUUGAUCGAUGUCUGUCUAGUAUAGCCAAAGAAGGUAUAAUCUAACCAAAACAUGAGGAGUGCAUCUUUUACAUGAUUCAGCUUUAGGGUACUAAUGGCUGGUGGUUGCUUCUGAGGUUUAGUGACCUUUCUUUAAUGUACCAUCCUCAAACCAUGGUUUUGUAAUAAUAACCAUUUUGUUAA